UAAAGAUGUCUAAGAUAUACAGAUAUGAUGUCAGGAAGCUACAACAUAUACUCACAUCGAGCUACUGAAGUUAAGUAAAGCAAAAGGCUGUAUUCUCCAGUGAUCAUGGACAAACCAGUGUGCUUGAUUGACACGGGGUCAGAUGGGAAGCUGUGUGUGCAGCAGUCAGCUCUACAGAUCCUGCAGCAGAUCCAGCAGCCAGUGGUGGUGGUGGCCGUGGUGGGUCUCUACCGCACCGGGAAGUCCUACCUGAUGAAUCGCCUCGCAGGAAAACAAACAGGGUUUCCAUUGGGCAGCACCAUCGAGUCCCAGACGAAGGGCAUCUGGAUGUGGUGUGUGGAUCACCCCACUAAAGCAGGAACCACUCUGGUGCUGCUGGACACUGAGGGACUCGGAGACGUGGACAAGGGAGACUCAAAGCAUGACACCAACAUCUUCUGUCUGGCUGUGUUACUGAGCAGCACUCUGGUCUACAACAGUCGAGGGACGAUUAACAACAGGGCUGUAGAGGAACUGCAAUAUGUUACUGAACUAACAGAGUGCAUUAAGGUCAAAUCAUCAGAUGAGGAAACCAACGAUUCAUGCGAGUUUGUGAAGUUCUUCCCUAGUUUCAUCUGGGCUGUGAGGGACUUCACUCUUGAGCGAAAGAUCGAUGGCAAAGAUGCAACAGAGGAUGAGUACCUAGAGUUUGCUCUGAAGCUGAAACAUGGCAAAUCAAAAAAAGUGAUGGAGUACAACUUCCCCAGGGAGUGCAUCCAAAAAUUCUUCCCUUCCCGAACGUGCUUCACUUUCCCAUUCCCAACUGCCCCAAAGAAUGUGUCUCGUUUGGAUAGCUUGGAUCCUGCUGACCUUUCCUCUGACUUCCUGGAGGUCACAGAUCGUUUCUGCAAGUUUGUCUUUCACAAGAGCCAUGUGAAGAAGCUGAAAGAUGGAAUCACAGUCACUGGCAGAGUUCUGGGUCACUUGGCGAAAACAUACGUGGACACCAUCGCCAGUGGGGCUGUGCCGUGUCUGGAGAAUGCUGUGAUUGCUAUGGCAAUGAUUGAGAAUGAGGCUGCAGUGAAGGAGGGGCUUGAGGUUUACCAGAGUGGAAUGGAGAAGAUGAAGGACUCCUUCCCUCUGGAACUGAAGAAAGUGUCCUCAAAACACCAACGUCUCAGCAAAAUGGCGACACAAACCUUCAUGAAGCGUUCUUUCAGGGACACUGAUGGAAAGUACCUGAAAUCUCUAGAGGAAAACAUUAAUAAACUCUUUGAUGGAUAUCUGUGCCAAAACGAGCAAGCUUCAAAGAGACGAUGUGAGGAUCUCUUGUCAUCCCUCUCUGAGCCAAUGAUGGAAAAUCUCAAGCAGGGUUCCUAUGCCAAACCUGGUGGCUAUGAUCUCUUUUUUAAGGAUCUGGAGGACAUUGUGAAGAAUUAUAACAGCCAGGCCAAUAAAGAAGUCAAGGCUGAAGAGGUCCUAGAGGAGUUUCUGAAGCAGAAGUCUGUAGAUUCUAAAGCAAUUCUGCAGGCUGACAAAAAACUGACUGAGAAGGAAAAACAGAUUAAGGAGGAAAGAGAGAAAGCAGCCCUCCUGCAGCAGGAAAUCAAAGCUACAGAGGAGAAGCUGCGACAACUCGAAGAGAAGAUGGAAGCAGAGAGACAGAGUAAUGAAGAGAGGAUGAGACAGAUGAAGGUGAAGAUGGAUGAGGAGCUGAGGCUCCAGAGAGAGGAGGCUGAGCGUGCCAUGGACAGUAAACUGAGGGAGCAGGCUGAUCUGUUGGAGAAGGGCUUUAAGGAUAUGGCAGAUAGGAUGAGCCAGGAGAUGGAAGAGUUCAAGAGACAGAAUUCUGAAGCCGAGAGUAAUAGAGCUAGAGAGUUUGCAGAGAUGUUCAAGAACAUAUUCAAGACACAUGAGCAGACUAUAGCUAUGAUGAUGCAGCAACACAAAGAACAGAUAGAGGCCAUUCAUAAGAUGAAUGCACGCUCUUCAGGAUGUUUUAUCAUGUGAAAUGCAUUAAUUCUGUGAUCAGAGGAUUGUAAUUGCACAAUGCAACCACAGAAUAAUCUUACAAUAAAUUAAUACAAUUGAUUUCAUUCUAUUGUCACAUGAAAUUUAGUGACAUUUGAUAAGAUGUAUUAGGAAAUUUCACUUCACAAGCAUAUUUUGUGUGUCCAGUUUAAAGGAUAUGUGAUCUUUCAUAAUUACAUGUUUAUUUGACAUUGCUUAUUAUUAAUAAACAGUCACAAAUGAGGUUAAUAAGUUACUUAAUUUCUCUG